ACUUAACGAAAAUAAGUAAUGACUAUAGACCUAGAAAUCGUUUAGAUUUGUCAUUAACUGAUUCAUCGAACUCACUAACCAAUCACUUAACGACUAACACAGAGACAAAACGUAAAUUUUUUAUUGUAGUUAUGACUGAAAGUGCUUUUAAGGCCAGAGACAUAGGGUUGAGGGCCCAAAAGAAGAUACUUUCUCGAAUGGCGGGGAAAAACAUAGCCAAGGCCUUCAUAGACGAUACGACAGCUUCACUUUUGGAUAAUUUAUACCGACUGGCCAAACAAUACUCAGACAACAAAAAAGAAGCCGAAAAACUCAUCAAGAACAUCAUCAAGAUCGUCAUAAAACUUGGAGUAUUACACCGCAACAACAUGUUCACCGAAGAAGAACUAAAACUGGCCGAAAAAUUCAAGACCAAGUUUCGAUUGGCCGGCAUGGCUAUAAUCUCAUUCUACGAAGUCGAUUUCAGCUACGACAGAAACUAUAUCGUCCAAGCUUUUACUGAAAGCCAAAAGUGCCUUGAAACCAUCGUCUCUAAACAUCUCACAGACAAAUCUCUAUCUCGAAUAGACAGCGUUUUUUCCUUUUUCGGGAACGAUCAGUUUCUGGAUUCGGUGUUCAAGAGCAACUCCGAUUACAGGGAGGCUCUCGGCAGGGUGGUUGCCGAUUUAAAUCAAGCCAUAGACAAUGGCGAUCUUUAGUCUCUCUAUUUUGUGAUUUGAUUAUUGUGAUUUAUUUUUACGUUAAGCCCGUAUUGUAUAUUAUUUCUUUUCUCGUAAAAGGUGAUCAAUCAUUGCGGAAUAUAUGAUAUUUACACU